UAGGAAGAGUGCAAAAAGUCUGCAUAGGAAAAUGUGCUAGUUUCAAUUGACAGACAUCUUCACUUUAAUAUUUCAAUUUGGUGCUCAACAACUUUUCAUCACCUUAUGCGUGAAUUCGAUGUUUCUACGCGACGACCUUGGAUGCAAAGCCCUACUGCUGUCGAGGUCUUAAGUUCAGGAGUCGAAGUGUGGAAUCUUAGAGUUGCUAACACUUAUAACAGUGUCCCCUGCUUGCAACUAGGAGUUUUGCCCGCGUAGUGUCGACGUGUAAACCACAUGUACUGCGUCUGUCAACCUGUCAGGGUUUUGCAUGGUAGCAUCAUAGCGUGAAGGGUAAAUUCACUUGCUUACUUGUGCUGUCGGAAAACUUAAGCUUGGACGGGGAAAGACAAGAGCCAAAGAAGGACGUCGACACACUAAGAUGCGGGUGUAGAUAGACAACCCCUAGCGAUCUCGUUUGCGGGGAACCGUCUGGAUGAUUUGGGACUCCUCGAUGGAAAUUGAAGGAGUAUGGCUUCGGGGGCGCUCUGGACUGAGCACGCUUCUUUGUAUGAGGUCUCUGGGGAUGGAGGACCUGUCGCCAGCCCAGUCUACGUGCUCUACACCAACACCACCGGUUUGCCGAGCGGCGUCUGGCACAACGACACGCUGACCUACGGGGUAGGUCCGCGGACUAUCGGGAUCGCGGUACCCUUCGCUACUUUCAUGACCCUCUUGAGCCUGAUCACCAUCUUCGGUAACUCGCUAGUCAUAUACGCCGUCAGGACGGAAAAGCGACUACAGACGGUCAGUAAUUACUUCAUCGUCAGUCUUGCCGUGUCGGACCUUCUGAUCGGAAUUAUCGUCAUGCCUAUUAGUACUAUCUACUUUGUGAGUGGGGAUUGGGUGCUAGGGCUGGUCGUCUGUCAGCUCUGGUUAUGCAUCGAUUACGUGUCCUCCACCGCCUCCAUAUUCAACCUCCUCGUGCUAAGUCUGGACCGCUACUGGUCCAUUCGCUUCCCGCUCAAAUACAUGCGCAAACGGACCGGUAAGCGAGCCACUAUUAUGAUCUCAUGUGCAUGGCUCUUGUCCUUUCUGUGGAUUAUACCAAUCACCUGCUGGCAUGCAAUCUUCAAUCAAGGUAACCGCGGUGUACCGAGCAACAUAUGCGACACCGAGUUCGGAGAGAACAAACCCUUGAAGGUAGGAACCGCCAUCGGGAAUUUUUACGUACCUCUUGCCUGUCUGAUUUGUAUAUAUGCAAAGAUUUUCCACGAGAUCCAGAAACGUUCCAAGAUGGUUCUGGGGAGGCGGUCGGUAGGAGGGACGCGGAAAGCUGCUCGGAGUGGCAACAGUCUCCCAUCUAAGGGGACCGAUGUUGAGUUGACACGAGUCGACGAUGCAACCUGGACACCAGACUAUGACGACUCCAUUAGUACCAGUAAAGACACGUCGAAUGAGACCCCUGAUCAGACGGAAAAUAACAGUAGUAGUCCCAGCAGCGAUAGAGGGCGGGCUAUUAAGAAGCCCAAACGAAUCAAUAACCAACUGAGGAAUAUAUCGAACCUAACCCUGCUCACCGUUGGUUUGCACGGCAUAGUAGACCCAGAGGCAGUAAGGAAAGCAGCUGCUGGCAAGGACACCUCCCCAACAGCCUCUACUAGGGGAUCAUGCACCAGGAGCCCGUGUUGCCAUGGAGAUUCUAGAAUUAGAGAAACUCAAUUUUUAUCGCCAGGCGAUGCCGCGACUCGAAAGGAGCCCAGCUCGCGCCAUCGCCACCACGUGAUCGCUGCUAAAAACUCAUUAGAUCGGGACAAAGGUACAUGUGCGGCAAGUGAAGAACUCAGACCGCUCAGAAGCAGGACUUACCAAACCCAAAACGGCAGCAAGAAAUCCAUUCUGAGACGAAACAGCACGGUGGAAGGGGACUCCGUGCCUAACGGGAACCUGUCCUCAAGAAAAAUCUCCUUUUCCACGGAGGACCUGCCAGGGCGGAGCGGUAAGUCAUCUCGAAUCGGAUGCAUGCCGACGAAGAAGAAGCUAACUGCGGAGUUACGGGGUAGCGAGGUAGGUAGGGGCGAACGGGAGACCAAGGGUAGACGGAACGGGGUGACGUCCCGUCUGCUGAGCGUGGAACACCGGAUAGAUGCCUCAGCUAGCAACACUGAAAGUGACGAAGAUGUCUUGAACCAUCCACACCACCAUCACCACCAGCAUCACAUCCAUGCCAACUCACGCGGUAAGUUCUCCCUGUCUCGAUUCAGCAUGAGACCCGGACGUGCCACGGAGACCCUAAGACGCAUCCGGAAAAUGUCCUUGAGCAAAGAGCGAAAGGCAGCCAAGCAACUUGGCGUCAUCGUGGGCUGCUUCAUCUGCUGCUGGGUUACCUACAUGGUCUUCUUUAUGAUUGUCGCCUUCUGCUCGCAUUGUAUCGAUCCUGACGUGUACUUUGGAAGUAUAUGGCUGGGCUACAUUAACUCCACACUGAAUCCAGUCAUCUACCCGAUGUGCAACUCAACUUUUAGGAAGGCUUUCAAGAAGAUACUCCGUAUCAAGAAGAGAUGAGGGAGGGCAGUCAAGAUGUAGUCAUGUCCUUGAAGGACAAUGACAAGCCAAUGACAAGUCAACAAGUCAAUGACAAGUUAAUGACAAGUCCACGACAAGUCAAUCACAGUAUGAGUCAAAAAGAAAGUGACC